AUCCCUCCUGGCAGCUCCAGUCCUCUGCCCCUCCUCUCCCUCCCCUGCUUGUUUCUAAUGGAUCCAUAUAUUCUCAAGUCAGGCUGUUGCUCCUGAUUACCAGAGCCUGUCAAUGCGUUUCGUCUUGUGAAUUUUCUGCUUGGAUGUACGUCCUUGUCUUGCCAGCUGUUUUCAUCGUGUCAGCAUGUGUGUUCCUGUCUAUUCCCCUCCAUGUCUCCCCGUCUCCUUGAUGUGUACUAAUGUCCUUCACGUUGCCUCACCCUCAUAACGCCUUCCAUCACUUUUUUUUUUUUAUUUCAGCUUCUCUGAGGUCCUUUUGCUUCAGCUUUGCUCCUUACUCAGGAAACUGGAAUGUACCAGAACCACACCAAAGACACAAACAACAACUGCAGCAAAAGCCUUCUCUGUGAGAACAAGGCCAAGCUUGUUCAGUCUAUUAAAAGAAUCAAACAUGAGGUAGACGAAUGCAGAGGAGCAGAGAGAGACACGUAUAUAGACUCGGUGGAAGUAGAGAACAGGUUUGAUGAACUAGAACGAGAAGUCAGAGCCGAGUUUCAGAACCUCCAUCGCUUCCUGGAGGAGGAGGAGUACCAGGACCUGGAAAGACUGAAGAGGGAGAGACAGAAACUUCUGAAGCAGCUGAAGGAGAGAGAGAAGAAGAUAGACGCACAAGGACGGGACCUGGAGAGAGCAAUAACGGUGCUGAACAGCAAGUUGGCCGAGGAGGACAGUCCUAAACUGUUCAAAGAAAUGCAAGAUCUUGUAAAAAGGUCUCAGGUCCACUUCAUUCGUCCUGCAGAGGUGGACACAGAGGUCCCCUCAGGCUGGUUUGUGGGUCCCAUCCAGUACAGGAUAUGGAAACACAUGAAAAGCUGCCUCUACCCAAAUAUUACAUCGGUGAGGUUUGACCCGGACACUGCCCACCCUAAUCUAUGCCUGUCUGAGUCCUGCACCUCCGUUUGGUUCGACGAAGAGAAAGACACUUCUGAGGUCCAGCCCAACCCUCGUCGCUUCCACUAUUACUACUGUCUGCUGGGCCAGCAGGGCUUCAGCACCGGCCGACACUACUGGGAGGUGGAGGUGGGCUACAAGACGGCGUGGAGGGUGGGCGUGGCGCGGGAGGAUGUCCCCAGAGGAGAGGUGACGGCGACGGGAACCUCAAUCGGCCUCUGGACUUUGGCCUUCAAGGGCGGGUCUGUCCAGGCCUGCACGGAUCCGAAACCCACCAAGAUCACCGUGUCCGUCCAGCUGGUCCGCAUCGGCGUGUUCCUGGACUGCGAGGGCGAGGAGGUGACUUUCUACAACGCUGUUACCAUGGCGCCCAUUUACACCUUCUCCAUGGGAACCGUCAUGGUUCCCCUGUUCCCCUUCUUCAACCCGUGUGACACAGACGACGGAAAGAACACGGCGCCAAUCACAAUCUUUAACCCCUCACUUUAGGACCUCAGCAGCUGGAUUGAUGGACAAACUGGAUCCUGGAGGAAUCAUUAAAAUGUAAUUUAUUUCUCAGUUUGCUUGAUGCCAAACAGGUUCUGAUUUAUUGUCUCGUUUUCAUUGCUGGCAGCCUAAAUUUAUUUAAAGGGGCAGUACUAUGAAUUCUCCAGCCACGUAGUGUCAUUUUACAAAUGUACCUUCAGUUGUUAUCAAAAUGCUGUAUAGAUCAAAUAUGACCUAAAAGAAAUUUGACUUUAAAAUUUAACGCCUUGAAAUUGGGUCUCUGUCUCUUUAAGAAACUCUGACACUCUGACUUCAGGAAAUCACGUUUUUACCAGUUUUUACACUGAUAAGUAGCUCAUGUGAUGAGCUCAUUAGACUUCUAUCAGGUGCUUGCUAAUUGCUGCUGGCUAGUCUGGAGGAGCUUCAUCUCAAAGGCGGAGCUAGGUCCACCCAGGCGCUUUGCUCAGCUGAAUAUUUACCACAGGAGAUUAAAUGAUUUCUCAAACAGGCAUGAAAGAAUCAAAGCAACACUCCAGAUGUGUUUUUAAUGAGGGAAUAAAAUUAAAGCAUGACAUGAAGGUCAAAUAAGUCAAUUUUACACAACACUGCCCCUUUAAAACAGGAACAAAAAGAAAUGUAAGCUAUUACUAAUAAUUAUUGUAAACAGAAAAAUUUAACUUCCAGACUGAUUGUUUUCUAUAAUGCAGAAUGAGCAGCCAAGACACCCAAUGUAUGCAUUUAUUAAAAUGAUUUUAAGACUGGUCUUUAAUUAACAUGUGAAGUGGACUCUUUAGAAAAUAGAAGCAAACAGCAGCAGGUGCAAAGAGCUUCAUGACGCAACCUUUGGCCUGCAUAUAAAUAUCUCCACUAUGUUGCUGUAACUCCUCCCUGCAAGGUUAUGGGAGCUCAGAAAAUGGCGCAGGGAAUGAGAGAGGUGAAGGAAUGGCGCUUGAUAUCCAAAAUGUAAUUAUAGUUGACACUAAAUGAUUUAUUAAACUGAGAAUAGAAAGGCGAAGCUCCGGGACCAAGAGCCCCCUGCUGCUGCGUGACAGAUGAAGACAAGAAGACAGAAGAUGGCAUAACCUUUUUGUUUAUUCUUAGUAUUCAUUUAGGCAUGAAAUAAAGAACAAAAAAAUGGUGACCAUUUGUCGAUACAAAACAUCCGUGUGAAGAAUUGUGCAAAAUGGAAGAACAGAGAGGCCACACCACAAACAGUCCAUCACAGCAGCAGUGAUCAGAGAGGACAGACACGACUGGCUUAGUGUAAGGAGAAGCUGUGGUGGCAACACAGGCGGUUUCUCCUUUUGGGUUUUCAGAAUGUUUCUGGAACCGGUACGAUGUGAUAACUCUGAUCUAGUGAGACGAAGCCUUCGUUGGGUGCAAGAAAAGUAAAAAACAAAGGCUGGUCACGUCUUAGCACAACAGCCCUGUAAUUUAGAGACACCCCUGGAGUAAAAAGCCUUAAA